AUGGGGCGGAAACGCGGUCCUGGAGAAGGUGCUGGUGAGUUCGAUGCACCAGGCCUGGCACCCGUACCAGGAGCUCUUGAUCCAGGCGCAGGAUUUCCAUUUCCAGGCUUGCCCGGAGCAGCACCAGGAGCCCCGGCACCCCCAGCCCUAGCUCCAGGAGCCCCAGGAGCCGGCCCGGGACUGCCUCCUCCGGGGAUACCCGGGCUGCCCACCGUCGUGCCUCCGAAAGCGCCCGGCUGGCCCCCAGCCGGCCUCCUUCCGCCCGGCCUGGCGGCGGCCUUCGAUCCCCGGGGGCCGGGCCCUGGACUUGCCGUGCCGGGCCUGGGUCUUCAGAUGCCACCAGGGGUGCCUCCUUCGCAGCCGGGGCUUCCACCCUGCCUCGGUGGCGCGAAGAUGCCUCCCGCACCGGGGCUGGGUCUAGGUCUCCCAGUGCUCCCGGGCAUGGCGCCCCCUCCGGCAAUGCCGCCGCCGGGCUCUCUUGACACGGAGGCGCUGGCGCAGCUCAGGUUCCAGCAGGUGGCCUCUGAGUACGAGCAGAUAAAGAGUGCUGGCAUUGAUCCGCAAGUGGCCGAACUUGCAGAGUAUCACGGCUUAGAUGAGCGGGUGACGCGCCUGCUCGAUGAGGAGAUGAAGAGGCGAAAAGACACGUUUGAGUCGGACAUGCAAGCUCUCUGGGUGGGCUUGGAAAGGGCAAAGAACCCUGCAGGAAUGUUAAUGAUGAAGCUCAAGGACAUGAAAGCGGGAACUUUCAAAGGCAUGUCGGCACUGGACAAGAAGAUUGAAGACUUCGCCAAGCGCAAUCGAUUGGAUGCCCAGGCCGCUGUGAGGCUGGCGGAGGUUCUGCAAAACCGGGACGACGUGGAUGGCGACCUGGCCAAGCUCCAGAAGCCACGGCCCCAGGAUUCCUUUGUCUCCGAACUGCGAAGCUAG